AUGGGAGGGUGUUCUUCAAAUGAACAAGUCACUAAUAUAGUUGAGUUAGAUGAUAAUAAAAUCCAAGAAAAAAAUCUAGAAGAAGUUACUCAGAAAUCUGACAUAGUUCCAGAAAAUCAAAAACUCCUAAAUGAUUUAAAUAAUUGCAUCCCAAAAAAUAUAUACGAUCCAAGUCAAUGGGAUACUGUAGACACAAAGUUGAGAGAUUUAUUAGUAGAAAAGGGACCAAUUAGAAUAACUGACAUAAAUUUUCCAAAGGAUAAAUUCUCAAGACAUUUUUCUACAAGACAUAUUCAAAAAUUGGCAAAUGGGGAAAGACAUGAUAGAAAAUGCUUAGUUUACUCAAAAGAUUUGGAUAAAGUCUUUUGCUGUAAAUUGUUUAGUACAACUUCUAGUACUUGUAACAGUAAACUAGCUAGUGAAGGUAGUAAUGAUUGGAAAAAUCUUAGUGUUAAGAUCAAAGAUCAUGAAGUAACAAACGAGCAGCAUAUUAUUAAUAUGGUUGCGUGGGUUGAUUUAGAAAUGAUAUUGCACAAAAAUAAAACUAUUGAUAAAGAUGUGCAAGAAUAA